UUUAGUAUAUUCCUUUGAUUCGAGGCGUCCACACGUCGCUAUCACCAAUAUGGUGUCGUAUGUUGGAGUACUUAUUGUGGCUGUUUGUGUUGUUUCUGAGUCUUCAGCGCGGUUGCGAGUCACAUUACUGAACAGAGAUUACAGUUAUGUACGUCCUAACGAAAUCCUUAUCACUCACAUAAAAAGGCUCCUAGAGCGCAUGACAGAAUUACAAGUGACGGUGCCUCCUCGCAUACGUCAUCUAUACGAUUUGCUGAAGAAAGAUUACAAGCAAGGACCCGAGUAUGGGCAGAUGCACCAUGUACUGGAUUUCAACAAAACAUUGCCACCGAGAUAUGACGUUAACAAGUUGAAUAGGAUCUUCACGACACCUGCAAUGCAGAAGUAGUAGGGAGUUUAAGUGAUGCUCGUAUUCGUAAAGAUGUUGUUUUUGCAUUUGUGUGCGAGUAGAGAUAGGGAGGGAUUGGAGAGUGAUUUUUUUUUGUAAGUUUUUAUGUUUGCGAGUAAAAAAAAGGAAGGGCUAUCCCUUCCUUUCUGAGAGAAAUUUUUUUGAUGAGAAGUUUUUGUAAAGAAAAAAGUGAGAAAGUGUAGUUUUAAGUAAAAUUUUGCUGAGAAAAAAAAGAUUUUUGGCGAGAAAACGUAGUUUUUGGUGAGAAACAAUAGUUUUUGGUGAGAAAAUGUUUUUAGUGUUUUAUUUUGCGGGAAAGUAGAUUUUGUUCAAAGAAAUAAUGGCAAAGACCUUUGGAAAAUGAUUUUUUUGGCAAAGGCCAUAUAUGUAUAUAUUAUUAUUAUGGUGAGAUAAAUAAUUUUUUUUAAGCGAGAUUUCAGAUUUAGACUGUAAAAGAUUUCUGUUGACCAAAAAUGUAGUCAGAAAAAGUAUUAUUUGUGAAUAUGAGUAUAAACAGGUACUUAUAUUAAGUACUAUUGGUUGGUGUGAGUAAUUUGGGAAC